AUGAUACGCUGUGGGCUUAUUGGACAGCAUACAAAACUCCUUUGGGAAUGUCUCCUUAUCGUCUAUGGAAAAGCACGCUAUCUUCCUCUAGAGCUCAAGCAUAAAGCUUAUUGGGCUAUGAAGCAACUAAACAUGGAUCAUCAAAGAGCUGGUGAAAAGCGUUGUUUGCAAAUUAAUGAGAUGGACGAGUUUCGUAAUGAAGCUUAUGAGAAUGCAAAGAUUUAUGAGGAACGGACCAAGGCUUGGCAUGAUAAGCACAUCUUAAAGAAAGAGUUUCUACCUGGGCAACAAGUUUUACUUUACAAUUCAAGGCUUCAUCUUUUUCCAGGAAAGCUCAAAUCUCGAUGGUCAGGCCCAUUCACAGUUGUUAAAGUUUUUCCCCAUGGAGCAGCGAAAAUCACUCAUGAUGAGAAGGGGACAUUUAAAGUGAAUGGACAACGGUUGAAACCUUAUUUAAGUGGAGAAUUUGACAACAAGAAGACCACCAUUCUUCUUAAUCCGGCCUAG